UUGAUAUAGAAUGGCUUUCGUUUCAUGCUCUGGGAUUGAUUGAACAUUCUUGUGGGAUAUUGCAGAGGAGGCUGAGUGUGGUUUUCUUUAUGCAUUUUAUGGCUUAAUUAGGGUUUCGAUUAGAUAUUUGAUUCUCUUGUCAAAGUUCAUUCAUGUCGGUUUUAGUGAGCGCAUUGUUUGCUAGAUGAAUUGGCGCGUCUUCAAUUCUCUCGAUUUUUUCGUGGGGCUUGAUUCGAAUGGGUGAUCUUGAUUUGAAUCUUGAGGUUCCUGGUACAUUUUUUGAGACAUGGAAAGAAUUUGUAUCUUGCCAAGUUGCUUCCAGUAUUGGUUGCUUUUAUCCCAAGAAUUGCUUGACCGCCAAUUCUUCAUCCAUAGAGAUUUUAUUCUUGUUUCUUUUGUCAAUUGCACCUAGCCUUUUGUUCUGCGUUAAUGAUCGCCACAGUGUACUCAAUGCUUGUUUCAUCUGAGACCAGUGCGGCGUGUUUGGGGAACACAUACGAGCCCGAAGUAUAUGGAUUAAUGUGUGAAUUUUGGAUGCCUGCUUCUCAAGUAUUAGAUAAGCAAUUGUGUUGAAGAAGUGUAGACAGCACUUAUUUACAAUUGAUGUGUUGUUGUUUCUAAUGGAUAUUGGUGGCCACAAAAUAUUUUUUACCUGACAAUUCCGAAACUAUGUAGAUUAGAUGAAGUGGCUAUUAUUGAAGUCCUCAAGCCUUGGGUCGUGAUGAGUUUAGCAGAAGAUGAAUGGUGCUUUGAUCAAUCAUUCUGAAACUAUGUAAAUAAGUUCUCCAGGACUUGUUUGAUUCUAUCGCAUGCAUCUUGCUACCGCUACAAAGCUGUGGGUCUAUUAAUCAAUAAGGCUAUGCUGCCCUUGCAUAAACAAUUUUUGUUUUUUAUAUCAUUGCCAUGACAGUGAAUUGACAGUGAACUUUUCCGGACCAUCGAAUAUCUGUCAACAUUUUGUACCUUUUUAUUGGCAUUGUUUGCUAGGGAUAAAUGCCAUCUAUCUUUAUCUUGUUUGCCAUUUCUUUUUGAAUAAGAGCUGCUUUGGGUUCUUUGGGAAAAUGGAGAGGUACAAGUUAAUUAAGGAAGUUGGUGAUGGAACAUUUGGGAGUGUUUGGAGAGCCAUUAAUAAGCAAACUGGUGAAGUUGUUGCAAUAAAGAAAAUGAAGAAGAAAUAUUACUCUUGGGAGGAGUGUGUAAACUUGAGAGAAGUCAAGUCAUUGCGAAAAAUGAACCAUCCAAAUAUUGUGAAGCUGAAGGAAGUUAUUAGAGAAUGUGACACUCUGUGCCUUGUUUUUGAGUAUAUGGAAUACAACCUGUACCAACAAAUGAAAAACAGGGAAAAACUGUUUUCUGAAAAUGAUGUUAGAAAUUGGUGUUUUCAAGUUUUCCAAGGUUUAGCUUACAUGCACCAGCGUGGAUACUUUCACCGUGAUCUGAAGCCAGAGAACUUGCUGGUCACUAAGGAUGUCAUCAAGAUUGCUGAUUUUGGCCUAGCCCGAGAGAUCAGUUCACAACCACCCUAUACUGAGUAUGUCUCCACACGGUGGUAUCGUGCCCCUGAAGUCCUACUUCAGUCCCAUUUAUAUGGAUCUAAAGUCGAUAUGUGGGCAAUGGGUGCUAUUAUGGCUGAGUUGUUCACUCUACGUCCUCUAUUCCCUGGUACUAGUGAAGCAGAUGAGAUCUACAAAAUAUGCAGUGUAAUAGGUAGUCCCACAACUGAAUCUUGGGCAGAUGGACUCAAGCUUGCGAGGGAUAUCAACUAUCAGUUUCCACAGCAUGCUGGUGUACAUCUCUCUGCUCUGAUCCCAUCCAGAAGUGAUGGUGCAAUUAGCCUUGUUAGCUCACUUUGUUCAUGGGAUCCCUGCAAGAGACCAACAGCGUCAGAGGCUCUUCAACAUCCUUUCUUUCAGAGUUGCUUUUACAUCCCUCCAUCCCUUCGCACUAGAGCUGUGGCGAGAACUCCUCCAUCUGCUGGAACCAGGGGUUCACUGGACCGGCAGGGACUCAAGAGAUACUCUAGUGCUUUGCCUAAUACAAAAUUCACAAACAAUUUUUCUUCCCCAAAAUUACAUGCUUCUAUAGCUUCAGGUGUGCAACGGAAGCUGGAUUUGGCAACCGAGGAUAAGAACAAGAAGUCAUUGAAGACUACUCAACAAUCAAAAUAUCGAAUUCCAGGAAAAGACAGCCCGACUUCUAUGAACAAGGGGAGGACUGUACGCGGGGUUUCAGAAACCGCUGAAAAGUUAUCGAAUAUGUCCAUCGGUACCCGUAGACAGUCCAUGGGACAAAACCGUCCAUCGCCUGCAAUGAAGGCGGGAGUGAAUUAUAUAUCUGAAUCUGGAAACUUCGUACUCAGGUCCGGACAACAAAAUCCAACAACUGAGAGACGUUUUACUAGAAAAGUUGCUGGCUGAGUUGACUUUUGAGAAUCUUCGAUAGAUCAAUUUUUUAAAUUGUGCCAAUGCUGAAUGAUAUGUUAAGGGUUUGCACCUGCCCUGCUGAGUUGGUGAUGGUUUUUGUUACUAUUACGGGUUUUUUUAUAUAGAUUUCAGUCGUGCGGAGGUGUUUAUAUAAAAGCUUCUUCAUUAAUGGUGCUCAACAA